UUUGCUUCGAGCAAUACACUCCCCUGAAUUGAAUUGAAUUGAAUGUGUAUGCGUGCAUAUAGACGAAUAGUUGUCUGUGGACAGAAAUUAGAUGGUGACUAUGAUGAUAAGAUGCAACUGUAGCCCGAUGAGAUUACGCGACAUGUACAGUGAUUUCCGGCGCGAUGGAUGGUUCAUAAGGGACUGCUGCGGCAUCUUCACAGCGCUUUUAACGCACGUGUUCAUAUGGUUCGCCGUGGUAGUCGUAUGCACGCGAGUCAUUAUACCGAUGUAUAGCGAGUCCACCUUGUUGAUGCUAUGUGUACUGCUGCCGUACCUGUGCCUGGCCUGCUUAGCUGGAUUCUCGCACAUAAUGUGCAUGCUUUCUGACCCAGGCUCGAUAAAGAAGUUCACAGCAGCGUCAGACGGCCCCGAAUUCGAACUUGACGAAUUUGGAAACAGGAAUUCAUUAUGUACAAAAUGUCGGCUGAUGAAACCGCACCAAGCCCACCAUUGCAGCACCUGCAAUAGAUGCAUUGAGAAGAUGGAUCAUCACUGUCCGUGGAUGAACAAUUGCAUCGGCCGACGAAACAUGAAGCACUUCUUGCUGUUUCUGCUUUAUAUUUUCCUGAUAUCGAUGGCUUCCAUCGGGUUGAUCUUACUACGAUUCUUCGAUUGCAAAGACUCGGGCUUUCGGGAUGAAUGCGGGCAGGCGUCUGAUCUUGGGUAUCUGGGGGGCGUUUGUUUCGAGGGACUUCUGUUUGGUCUGUUCACCUGUGGCAUGAUGAUCGAUGUUCUGACGUCGCUGGGAUCCAAUACAUCCACGAUUGAUCGGAUGAACAAUCGAUUUGGAGCCAAGCGUACCUGCCGAGAUGGAAUAGAAGAUGCCUGUGGAGGCGCACUGAGUUGGAGUUGGCUUUGGCCGUUCGCACCUUCAUAUCCCAAGCGCUCUUCUGGUGGCAAUGCCGUCCAGACGCUGGAGAUGUUACCUGGUGACUCCGACUCUCGCGCUGUGGAGGUGCGGAGUAUAAGCCCUCGGCACUACAAUUCCGCAGGGGAUUCACGAGACAACCAAAUGGAUACACAGCAGCUCUUAUUGAAUGAUGAUGAGCGGAUAGACGCCAUUGCCUGAGAGAGCUCAACUGCCAGACCAGUGGUUUUUAUUUUAAGACGCACCAAAAACCAUCAUGUAUGUGUUGUGCAGCUAUCCAUAGCAUUCUGGUAGAACUGCCUCAGCUGCUCUCGUCGGCCUGUGGCAACAGCAUGGAUUUCACCGUGCGAGUUGUCGUGCGGUAUACAAAUUGCGCAAGAUUAUCGUCGCUAAAGCGCUCAACUAGACAAGUUUUCGAGGCUGUGGUCGAAAUGUGUAGUAUAGUGCCAAUCUCGUGAGCGAGGUGGCACAGGAUCGUCUCUGAUAUUUGCGCUUGAUUGGCCGAGAGAAAACUCCAUGUAUACGUUCGCCAAUUCUGGUAUCGAUGGAAAUUCCGAUAUAUUCUACAUAGGAAUGAUCUAUCUAUUUCAUAGCUAGUCAAUCUAGAUUUGGCUGCAAAUGUUCAAUGUAUGGCCUGUGGGCCAUUGCCAUCACGAUGGUAUUUUCUAUUGUACUUUUGCAGCACAUUACAAUAAAUUAAAGCCGAUAGACAGACUGUAUGGUCAAUACCUUUU